AUGGCGGUUUCAGUUUCAGUUUCAGUUUCAUCCCUUUUCAUGUCUCCAAUCUUCUCCUUCUUCUUCCUUUUUACUCUAGCCAUUUCAACAGAUGUAGACUUGCUUCUCAAAAGAAUCAAACCGUCAAUCCAAGGAGAAACGGAGAAUUUGUUGCUGAAUUCGUGGAAUACUUCCGUUCCGCUCUGUCAAUGGCGAGGACUGAAAUGGGUUUUCACCGAUGGAUCUCCAUUAACAUGUACAGAUAUCUCAUCACCUCAAUGGUCGAAUAUUUCGCUCUCGAAAGACCCAUCUCUCCAUCUUCGUUCCCUUCAACUACCAUCGGCGAACCUCUCUGGCACACUUCCGCCGGAACUCGGGGAACUUUCGACUCUUCAGAGUCUGUACCUGUCCGUUAACUCCAUUUCGGGUUCAAUCCCUCUUGAAAUAGGGUACAGUUCUUCAUUAUCAGACAUUGAUCUAGGCAAUAAUUUGUUAACCGGGUCGGUUCCUGCGUCCAUCUGGAACCUCUGUGAUCGACUCAUUUCUCUUCGGCUUCAUGGAGUUUUUCCAGGAUUUAUACCUGGGUUUAAAGGGCUUCGAGAGCUUGAUCUUAGCAGUAAUAAUUUUUCUGGUAAAAUCCCAGAUGAGUUAGCUAUUUUAAGUUUAGAGAAGUUAAAUCUGUCCUACAAUAAUUUCUCUGGGGUUUUGCCUAAUUUUGGUCAAUUAAAAUUUGGGGUGGAUUCAUUCGAAGGAAACGAUGCUAACUUAUGUGGUCCUCCAUUAAAGAGAUGUAAACAGACCUCUGGAGGUUUAAGUUCCGGUGCAGUUGCUGGACUUGUGAUUGGUUUAAUGACUGGUAUGGUUGUUUUUGCUUCACUGUUGAUUGGCUAUUCACAGGGGAGGAAAAAGAAGAGUUUCGAUGAAGAAGAUGAAGAAUACGAUGAUGGUGAAGAUGAUGAAAAUGGCGAUGGUAGUGGUGAAGGCAAAUUGAUUUUAUUUCAGGGUGGUGAGCAUUUGACAUUGGAAGAUGUAUUGAAUGCUACAGGUCAAGUUAUGGAGAAGACAAGCUAUGGCACGAUCUAUAAGGCAAAACUAGCAGAUGGUGGGACGAUUGCUUUGAGGUUAUUGAGGGAAGGAAGUUGUAAAGAUGGUGGUUUAUGUUUACCUGCGAUUAAGCAGUUGGGAAGAAUCAGGCAUGAUAAUUUGAUUCCCUUGAGAGCUUUUUAUCAAGGAAAGAGAGGGGAGAAGUUAUUGAUUUAUGAUUAUCUUUCAAAUAGGACUCUUCAUGAGCUCUUACAUGAAUCACGGCCUGGGAAGCCGGUGUUGAACUGGGCUCGGAGACACAAGAUCGCGUUAGCAAUAGCCAAAGGGCUCGCACAUCUGCACUCGACCAUCGAGACACCCGUUACACAUGGCAACGUGAGGUCAAGAAACGUAUUGGUGGAUGAUUUUUUCGUGGCUCGGCUCACGGAUUUCGGGCUCCACAAGCUCAUGGUCCCGGCUGUAGCCGAUGAAAUCAUCGCAUCGGCUAAAAGCGAUGGCUACAAGGCUCCGGAGCUUCAAAAGAUGAAAAAUUGCAAUUCAAGAACGGAUGUUUAUGCUUUUGGGAUUUUGUUGUUGGAGAUUUUGUUGGGGAAGAAGCCCGGGAAGAGUGGCGGGCGGGAUGGGUUUGUUGAUUUGCCGGCGGUGGUGAAGGUGGCGGUUUUGGAGGAGACAACAAUGGAGGUUUUUGAUAUUGAGGUUUUGAAAGGGAUCAGGAGUCCAAUGGAAGAUGGUGUGGUUCAGGCGUUGAAGUUAGCCAUGGGGUGUUGUGCACCGGUUGCAUCGGUUAGACCAUCAAUGGAUGAAGUGGUGAAGCAGCUUGAGGAGAAUAGACCGAGAAACCGCUCGGCUUUGUAUAGUCCGGCUGAAACCAGAAGUGAGAUUGGUACGCCUUUUUGAUCUGUUUAUGGGUUCGAAAGGUUGUUUCUUGAUCUAUUUAUGGGUUCGAUAGAUGUAAGCAGUCUGAAUGCAAAAUGUGAUGAUAAGAUUAUUUAAACAAAGAUGGUUUUUGGCGUAUUGGUGCAAUGGGGUUUUUGUUUUAUUAGAUAGCUUUAAGUUUAGUUUAUUUGAUAUUUGUGAUAGUUGUAUGCAUCAAGAAUGUAGCAAUACUUGGUUAAAAGGAGUAGCUUUAUGAUUUGUAUUAUUAAAGAAAUUUAAAAUGACUGUAAGAAGACUUUCUUCGCCCUGGUGACCAGGGUUAUGGUAGUCAUUUUAGUCUUUGCUCGAUUGUAUUCUCGAAAAAUGGGUUUUAUUGUAAUUUGCACCGGAUAUAUUUAUUAAGCUCGU